AUGUGGAUUGCUUUGUUUUAGUCUUUAACUUAGAUAUUGAGAGCUUAAAAGAUUUCAUCAAUUGAAGCAUAUUAAAUAAUAAAAAUAAGCAAUUUAAUAAUAAAAAGAAUAAAAAUAUAAUAGUUUUAGUAAAAAAUUAAAUAAAAUUAAGCUCCUGAAAAGCAACCUACAGGUAACUAAUAAAUUUAAUAAUGUUUUUGAAUUAAGUGGGGGGAAAAAUUAAUUUAAUUAUCGACUCAAUUAAUGAAAAAUAUAACAGGUGUAUGUGAAUUUGCUAUUUGGAGUAAAUAAUUUAUUGUUAUAUUAAAUAAUGUAAAUUUUUGAUAAUUUUUCUUAUUAAAAGAAAACAAUGGCUCCGUUUCUUUAUCAAGUAUAAGAAUAGUAAACUUUUGUUUAUUGGAAAAAAGUAUUAAUAUGCUAAGAGAGGUCAAAGAUAAUGGUUGGUUCUAAGGUACAUAAAAGGCAAAAAAUGAACUGACAUUGUAACCUUAUUUGGCAAAAUAGGAUUAUAUAUUUGAUUCGCCUUUCCUCAAUACUGAACUAAUUAGACCAUCUUCACUUACUUAGUUAUCUAAAGACUGUUUGUUUGAUAAAUAAAAUGUUAUUAGCCAAAAUCAUGGCGUAUUUUGUUUAAUCAUUGAUGGUGGAAUAGAAAUGGAAGAAUUUAAUUGGAAUUUCGAGAUAAUUUUAAAAUUUGACAACUCAUCACUUCUAUUAAAGGAAGUAUAAAAUAACAAAUAACUCACACAGGAAGAACUUAAUACAAGAAUAUAAGCUUUCUAGGUUUGA